AUGGCAGAUCGCGAGGCUCCAGUAACGUUGCGGACUAGGAAAUUCAUUCGAAACCCUCUCCUGGGACGAAAACAAAUGGUAGUAGACAUAUUACAUCCAAACCGUGCCAACAUCUCGAAAGAUGAACUUCGUGGGAAGCUUGCCGAAAUGUACAAGGCCAACAAAGACCAAGUUAAUGUAUUCGGUCUUCAAACUCAGUUCGGUGGCGGAAAGACAACUGGUUUUGCACUCGUAUACGACUCGCCCGAAGCAUUGAAGAAAUUCGAGCCUCGUCAUAGACUCGUCCGUGUAGGGUUCGCAACCAAGAUUGAGAAACCUAGCAGACAACAGCGCAAGCAACGUAAGAAUAGGCAAAAGACUCUUCGAGGAACGGCAAAGGUCAAGGGUGCAAAGAAGAAGAAGGAAUAG